UUCGGACUGCGGUCAUGCUGCUGGAGGCUCUGCUCGUGGUGCUGAGCUCUCAGGGCGUCUGGGCCAGGAAGUCCGAACCCGCCCUCAGUGAGGGGGACGCCGCUCUGUUCGGGGGCUCGGACAAAUAUGACUUUGCCGUCGAGGUUCCUGCCGCAGAAAAGGAGUGUUUCUGGCACUUCGCCCACCAGAGCGGGAGCUUCUACCUGAUGUACAUGGUACAGCGGGUAACGGGGAUGGCCCAGGAUCGCCGGCUGUUUGUGACGGUCAGCUCGCCGCAGGGCGCUCUCGUGGCUUCGAGGAACGAGGCCGUCGGUCAGGUGAAUUUCCAGGCCGAGGUGACAGGUUUUUACCGGAUGUGUUUUGGGAACCACAACAACCAAUUUGGAGGAAUCAGGGUCUUUGUGAACUUUGGUGUCAUCUACGAAGGAUUCCAGGAGUCAAAGGGAGAGAAGGACGAGGGGGAGGAAGUCCUCAACAGCACGCUGACUGGUAUUGAGGUGAGCGUACAGAAGCUCCAGAACCAGAUCUUCCACAUUUGGCGUCAUUACAACUUCGCCCGCAUGCGGAAAGGCAAGGAUCACUACCUCCUCCUGUCCAACCUCAACUACGUCAGCUGGUGGUCGGCGACCCAAAGCCUGGUCAUCCUCCUGUCCGGGUACCUGCAGGUCCUCGUCCUCAAGAGACUCUUCCGCGCAGAACCCGGCAGGCUGAGAUGCUGAGAGCAGGACGCGCGCGCGUCCACGCCGCCGCUGUGAACCCCUGCGAUGCUUUUCAUUGUCUCCCCUCAGAUAUUUACUGAUACUCUUUUGGAAAAGAUAAAGAUCUUGCACGCUGUCUGCAACAUGUCAUUAAAGAGCAGUCUUUUGGUUCCUGGAUGUUCUUUGUUUGUGUGAAAAACCAACAGAUAAUCUCCUCUUUAUACACGGCACACGACAAUAAAACAGUAAAACCUUUCAAAUAAAAGUGCAAUGGAAACAUUUCAAAACCAUCAAAAAACAAAAUAGCAGCAGAAAACAGGAUCUAACGGGUGCGGAUCCAUAUUCUUGUACGGAAAAAAUGAUC